AAUAUCUUAUCGCUUACAAUGGACGUUUCAGCUCUGCUGGCACUUCUCGCUGUGAUGGGACAUCAAAGUGUUGAAGGCAGGUACUGUUUCUAUCCAAAACCAAUUGGAUUCUGGCCCUUCACAGGUGACACCCUUCUAGCUGACGUCAGCGGAAACGGAAACAACGCAGCUGGAAAUGACGUCUCAUUGACAACUGGACCAUACUAUCUCAAGACAACCGGGUAUAGAUUUAGUGGCCGUAUUACAUCUUACAUGAACAUCACAUGCACUUCAACCCUGGACAUUGGCUUGGGCUCAUGGACCUUUGGUGCUUUCAUAAAAGAUAACGCAGACACGAACAAGGGUGGGACACUGCUGCAUUGGAAGCCAGAUAGUGGCAAUGGUCUACAGAUCAGACUUGCACCUGACUCAUCUUCAAGCAAUCGUGAGGUCUUAAGCGUUGUUUUGCGAGAACGUGACGGUGAAUCGGACUACAGGCAUGCAUUUAUUGGAAUAUCACUACAUACACACAAUUACGAAAGCAUCCGUUUCGAUGCCAAGACUCCUAGAAUUUGUCUGUCUGCCCCUCCGAGCACCUGCUAUCCGAUCAGAAACACACAGCUGAUAACCAACGUUCCGAACAUUCGCGUUGGGAGCAAAGAUAGUGCCAAUGGUUAUUUUGUGGGAGACAUUUUCUGUUUGAUGUUAUUCAAUGUCUCCCUGCCUGAAAGGGAUGUCAAUCGAAUGCGAGACUACUGCAAGGACAUUUACAGGGUCCGGUGGAGCAAACCAGACGUUAUACACUAUGAACUGUUCGAAAUGAAAGCCAGAGAUCGUACGAUUGCUUCUUCAGCAGUAACAGUGACCAAACCAGCCAUCGAGUCCGGCAUCGAGUGCGUUAGAAGCUGCCUUGCCGUCAAACCUUCGUCCCACCUCUACUGCAUCACAGUAGCAUACUCUGAGGCAACCAAGGAGUGUUCGUUAAGUGGACAUGCUUACAGCGCUGGGCCGACUUUUCCUGCUUUGCCUGGUUCAGUGGUUUACUCGGUUCAACCAAGAGGAUACGGAGCGAGCGACUGUCCAUAAGAUCAGAAGGAUAGGACGCUAAAGGAUUCAGUUAACAGAGGCCAAGGGAAGAUAGUGUGCUUAUGCCCAACGAUCACUGGUACCACGGUCAUGUUGACUGCUAUCUCCCAACACCUCUCGUGAUAGGUCGGUGAUGUGUGACGUUGGUUGUCUCGUGGGAAUAGAUUUGUUUACUUUCGGCUUGUAAGUGAAGUGUUCCAUUCUGGCAGGGCAGCUGGUUCCUUUAGAAUACGGGCAUUUAGGGGCGAAUUUAAUAAUCUAAUUAUCCCCACGCAUCCAGGACACGCUCUCCAGUACAACCUGUUGUGAUCAUCUAACUCUCUCCUCUUGCGUCACUCCAUCUGAUUAUCCCCACGCAUUCUGCAUCCUCUCACCCAAUGCUUUGACAUUUGCCGAGACUUUAAUCCCAAUUUAAACCAGCCGAGCGGCGCGAAAGCUAGUUAUUCAUCAAAUUGCUCUGCUUAUUUAUUGAUUUUCUCGUCAUAAACUGAUAGAUUAGUUUGCUUGAAGAUUGUGAUGGCUCGAGGUCUAAGUAGCGCUUCUCGAAAAGAGAAACCGCCAAGCUUUAAAUCAACAGUUACCUAUCAUGGUGAAAAUGGUUGUUGCAUGAUGACAAAUGCCUUAUUGUUAUCAGGAUAGCAUUUUUG